AUGAAGGUCGCUGAUGAAAAGGCCUGUGAAGAUAGGCAGGCACAAAAAGAGGAGGAGGAGGAGGAGGAAAAAGAGAAAGAUGAAGGCAACGACACUAUUGCUACUGAGACCAAGUCUCCAACUCUGAAUGAUCAUGUCAUAGACCUGACUGAAGAGGAUGAGGAUGAGGUCUCUAAGAGCACCUCUCCGCAGAAGGCCGACACUUUUGAGGCCAAGAUUGCUGCUACAAGCAAGAGCCUUGAGGAGAGUCUAAAAGAGAUUGAUGAGGAAAUAGCAGCCGACAUCGAGACUGAAAAGGCUACUGCACUGUCCACCCAAGCCAACACAUCGCCAGCUGCCGAGGUGGAAUAG